AUGCCCCCCAGCGCACAAGGCCCGCCAGCGCACAAGGCCCGCCAGCGCACAAGGCCCUCCAGCGCACAAGGCCCGCCAGCGCACAAUGCCCGCCAGCGCACAAGGCCCGCCAGCGCACAAGGCCCGCCAGCGCACAAGGCCCGCCAGCGCACAAUGCCCGCCAGCGCACAAUGCCCGCCCGCCUCUAGCCCAGGCGCACUGGCGAAGGCAGGCAGUCUGGCAGAGAGAGCCGCGGAAGCCGCUCGCCCGCCGGACAGAGCUCGCUCGUCGCUCCAAAUGGGAGGAUUUCUGAGCAAGCCCCGCCCCCCGCAGCCCGCCCCCGAUCCGGAGGCCAGGCGCCGGCGCCCGCGCCCGGCCUUCCUCGCAAGCCCCUCCCGCCCGGCAAGCCCCGCCCCGACGGCUCCCUCGGCUCGCCCAGAUCCCAUUCAGCCUUCAGUCCCCACUCGUUUCCUCGGGUCCCCUCGGAGGCCUUCCCGCUGGAACUGUGGGACUUUAUCACACCACUUUGGCAUAACACCUCCAAGACGAUACCGAAUCCAGCAGGCCCGGUAUUCCCAUGUGCUUCCCAAGCUGUGCUGGAAUGGCGGUCACAGGAAGUGUGUGCUGUCUCCUGGUAAUUCCAGAGUGGUAUGCAGGCCUUCGACAGUGAGGAUUGCUCCUCCUGGGAGCAACCUGGCUCGUUUGCCAAUAGCAGCGCAGAUCCCUAAGGCCCCAGACCCGUGGUCAAAGGAGGCUGUUCUGCUUGCCCUCGAACGUUGGAAGAGGAAGAAAAGGACAGUGGAGGAGGAGGAAGACCAAACAUCUGCUGCUGGUCAGGAGGAUAAAACAAGGCCUGAGCCUCUGAAGAGCAGCCUCAGUUCCCAGAGCUCAGACAGCGAGUUGCAUGAGAGACCCUCCACCUCUGCUGUGAGCUGCUUGAAGGCCACGUGCACACAUGGCAUCCGUAUGUCCAGCCGCAAUGCCAUUACCAGUUCAUACAGCUCCACUGGAGGCAUCUCUCAGCUCUGGAAGAGGCGGCGUCCCAGUGCCUCACCCUUCUCCAGCCCAGCCUCAUCCCGCUCACAGACACCAGAGAGGCCAGCAAAGAAAAUAAGAGAAGAGGACGUUUCUCAGGAAGCUGGCUCUUCGGCUCUGCCGGUAGACAAGGAGUCCCAGGGAGAACAGGCCUCACCCCCAGCCCCACUGACUAACCCACAGUUUCUCCCCAAGUACAUCAUCUUCCUGAGGAACCCGAACCCCCUGGGCCUACCAUCUUUCCCAGCCAGGGUCCCUCCCCGGCCCUCCUCAGACUCCAGGUCCACAGCCACUUUCUCGGGGCUGACCCCUGCCUCUCCUGCAAUACCAGCCUGUGAUGCCACCAAGUCACCUCCGCCCUCUCAGGCUGAGACAUCUGCCAAACCCCAGGCCCCGCCUGCCCCAGGCCCCACCCUGAAGCCCAGUGUUCCAUUUAGAACACCGAGCAGCCCACCUGCUAAACCUUCUGCCUCGGCAGCUCCUGCUGUGUCUUCAGCACGUCCCAUGUUCAAGCCCAUCUUUGUGGCUCCACCUAAAAGUGGGAAUGAGGGUCCUGUGCCAUUCAGCCAUUCCCAAGUCACAACGGAGGCAUCUUCCAGCUCUGCCCACACCCCGGCUACCAGCAGCCUCCCCACUUUCAAUCCUGUUUUUAGCAGCACAGGGCUACCUACAUCUUUGCCCUUGUCAACUCCUUUCUCCUUCAGUCAGACUACUUCAGGCACUUGCACAAAUGCCCCUCUGUUCCCUGGCCAGGCCAGUGUCAGCGUCCCCUCAGCAGCGGCUUGGGGGACCACCACCAGCACAACCGCAGACUCCGCCCGGAAGCCUGUCUUUGGCUUUGGUGUGAGCAGUGUGACCAGCACUGCGAGCAGCAUGACCAGCCCCACUGCUUCCACUGCCCAGCCUGUUCCCUUUGGUCACCCUCUUGCCUCUGGGGCCAGCUCUACCCCAGCCAUGGGCUCCAUACUCCAGUUUGACAAGGCACUGGCCACACCUGCUCCAACAACAGCCAUCACAUUCGGCCAGUCCCUGCCUGGUGUUGUCCAGACAGCUGCUGGCAGCAGUACUGCCAGUUUUGGUGGCUUCGGUGGCACCCUCAUGACCUCCGCCCCUAUCACCCCGAGCCAGCCUGCACUGACAUUCAGCAGCACUGCCACCCCAGCCUUCAACAUUCCCUUUGGUUCUGGCACCAGGCCCCCCAUUCCUUCCUAUCCUGGAGUCACCCCACAGCCCAUGUUCGGGGCCACUGAUGGACAGCAGAUGGGGGCUGCCAAGCCAGCCCUGUCCUCCAGCUUUGGCAGCUCCUUGCCUUUUGGAAGAUCAGCAGCCCUGGCUCCACCGUAGCCAGCCUUUGGCAGUGCUGUGUGGUCAGGUUUUCAUGGGUUGAAACCCGCUGCCUCCUUUGGCACCCCCUCUUGCACCAAGCUAGCCUUUGCGUGCCUGACCCCCCACAGCAUCUCCACCACUGGGGUGUUCGGCUUUGGCGCAGGACAGAGUGGGAGCACUGGCAGCACGGCCCCUUUCUUGGGAGGCUUGAGUCAGAACUCCCUGGGUGCAGCUGGCCAGAGCACACCCUUUCCCUUCCACGUGGCUGGCACACCUCAGAACAUGUCUGUGUUUGCAGCCACCACCUCGGGCUUUGGAGCUACAACCAAGACCACCAGCAGCGGGACCAGUAGCUCAGUGUUUGGCAGCACCAUCUCAUUGCCCUUCACAUCCAGGGUGUCAGCAGGCCCCACUGGGAGUGGGGGCUUUGGGAUGAGUGUGGCUGCCUCCCACAGCAGCUCCACCACUGGGGUGUUCAGCUUUGGCGCAGGACAGAGUGGGAGCACUGGUGGCAUGGCUCUGGGAGGCCUGAGUCAGAACUCCCUGGGUGCAGCUGGCCAGAGCACACCCUUUCCCUUCCAUGUGGCCGGUACGCCUCAGAACACGUCUGUGUUUGCAGGCACAUCCACACCCACCUUUGGUCAGAACACCCCUGCCCCUGUAGUGGGUGCAUCAGGCAGCAGCCUCUCCUCUGGGGCAUCCUCAGCAUGUGCCCAGGGCUUUGCUGGACCUGGAACCUUUGCUCUCCUGAUGGCUGUGAGGUGCUGUCUCACUGUGGUCCUGAUCUGCAUUUCCCCAAUGACCAGUGAUGUUGAAUGUCUUUUCUUGUGCUUACUGGCCGUUUGUACAUCCUCUUUGGAGGAAUCAAGCCCUUUGCUCAUUUUCCAGUCAGGUUAUCUUUUUGUUUUGUUUUUGAGUUGCAGGGCUUUUUGACAUAUUUUGGAUAUUAACCUCUUAUCAG